AUGGGACCGCCUGAGGUCGUACAUUUCGCUCGCCGGAUGAACCAGCACCUGCCUCUCACUCGGUUCAACCCCGAGCAAGCUCACCAGCAGCACGAGCAAGCUCACCAGCAGCAGCACCGCCACGACCACGACUAUCAACAAGAUCCUCUUGAAUCUCUUCCCUCUCAUGCCUCUCUUCCCUCUGUUCCCUCUCUUCCUUCUCUUCCCUCUCUUCCCUCUCAUGCCUCUCUUCCCUCUCAUCCCGAGUCGCGCCACGUCCUGACCCGCCUACUAUCAACCCCCACUCUCCCGAGCAACGCGCUCCUGCUGUUCCUCUCGCUGCUCCUCCUCAUCCCCCUCCUCUGCAUCCCCCUCCUCGCUCCCUCCUCUCCGCUGUCCCCACCCGCUGCUGCGGCUCAGCCGGCGGCAGAGGGGUCUGGGGCGCAGGCGUGGGGGUUGAAGGGGGAUGAUGGGGCGCAGGCGUGGGGCGGGAAGGGGGAUGAUGGGGCGAGUAGUGGGGAGAACGGAGAGUUGGCAGCAGCAGAUGGAUCAGAGUAUUCAACCCAUUUCUUGUGUUCUGAGUCAAGUCGAGGCAUGUAUGAAGGUCUUGCUUCUCCACGCCCCUCUCUUACCCAUCCCAAAAAAUCUGGAGGCCGGGGAGAUGAGCUCAUCCCUCCUCCUCUCAAAGUGAGGAGGGAUACCCUAAUGUCUCCAAGGCUGUUGUCGCUCAAAGGGUAA